AUGUGCGAAAUCUGUGAGAAUGUCAAAUGCAUAUCUCAUAACAGUAAUAUAAAAACUUGUAUAUCUCUCAAUAAACUAUUAUUUUAUCCCUUCAUUCGUUUUUUUAAAUUUGCACUGACUGCUACGAUGACUGAAGAAAAAGAAGUCGCAACAGAAAACAAUGAUAAAGAAAACGGUAAAGAGAAUAAUUCAGAAGAAGAAACGGAAUUAGAUAGUUCUAUCAUUCGACAAGUGGAAUAUUACUUUGGUGAUGUUAAUCUUCCAAGAGAUAAAUUCUUAAAGGAGCAAGUUACAUUAGAUGAUGGUUGGGUGCCACUUGAUGUACUUAUCAAAUUCAAUAGACUUGCCAAGCUCUCUACCGAUGCUGAGGUCAUUGCUAAUGCCCUUGCCAAAUCAACAAGUGGACUUCUAGAGAUUUCAGAUGAUAACAAAAAAGUAAGAAGGAAUCCAGAGUUACCUAUACCUGAAAUGAAUGAAGAACGCCGUAAAGAAUUAUCGAGUAGGACAAUUUAUGCUAAAGGCUUUCCUAAAGAAUCUACGCUGGAUGAUUUGCUGAAGUUCUUUAAGGAGUUUGAUGACGUUGAGAAUAUUAUAAUGAGAAGGUAUCAAGAACGUCAGACAAAGAAAAGGCAUUUCAAGGGAUCCGUUUUUGUCACCUUCAAGACAAAGGAAAUGGCUGAAAAGUUCAUCAGCAAUAAAGGCCUAAAAUACAACGACACAGAGCUAAUUGUUCUUUGGCAAGACAAUUAUUUUCAAGUAAAACAAGAAGAACAUGCAUCAAAGAAAGAGCACAAGGUUAAGAAAAACAAGCAGAAGGAAACAAAAGAUGAAAAAGUAGAAUUUAAAUUGCCAACUGGCACAGUUUUCCAUUUUGCACAUGGGAACGAAAAAAUGACAAGGGAGAAUAUAAGAGAUGCAUUAGCAGCACUGGGUGGUGAAGUAGCAUUUAUUAGCUACCAAUUAGGGGAACCGGAAGGUUGGGUUCGUCUUACAAAAGAAAAUGCCGCCAAAGAGCUAUCAGAAAAGAUACCAGACGGCAAACUGAAAAUUGAAGAUACUGAAGUAGUCUUUAGACUUCUGGAGGGUGAAGAAGAGAAGGCAUAUUUGGAUAAAACAGUUGAGGAAAUGUCAAAACGCCGUAAGAACAUGAAAACCUUUAAACAGAACAAAGGUAAAAAUGGUAGAGGAAAACAAAAUAGGAAACGAAAACAAGAUCAGCAUGACGAUGCGCCCGCUGCCAAAGUCAAGGCUGACAGC